CUCUCUCUCUACCUCCUCUGUCAAUCGAUUUUGCACUUUCUCUCUCUCUAAAACUCUUUGUUUCAUCUCUUGGGUUCAGAUCCGAGUUCGGAAGGUUUCCAAGCACUCCAAAGCCUUUCACUUUUGCUCUUAAAGCUUUCAUCUCUCUCUCUCUCUCUCUCUCCCACACAACUCAAACUCAAGUCAUGGCAGGAUCAGCACCAGAAGGCACACAGUUUGACACGCGUCAGUUUGAUCAGAAGCUCAACGAAGUCCUGGAGGGACAGGACGAGUUCUUCACCUCGUAUGAUGAGGUCCAUGAGAGCUUUGAUGCCAUGGGUCUCCAAGAGAACCUUCUUAGGGGCAUCUAUGCUUAUGGUUUUGAAAAGCCAUCUGCUAUUCAGCAAAGAGGAAUCGUACCCUUUUGCAACGGUCUCGACGUGAUCCAGCAGGCACAGUCCGGUACCGGCAAAACCGCCACUUUCUGCUCUGGUGUCUUGCAGCAGCUCGACUUCACCCUUGUCCAGUGCCAGGCUCUCGUCUUGGCUCCAACCAGGGAGCUUGCUCAGCAGAUUGAGAAGGUCAUGCGUGCUCUAGGAGAUUAUCUUGGCGUCAAGGUCCACGCCUGUGUCGGUGGAACCAGUGUCCGUGAGGAUCAGCGUAUCCUCCAAGCCGGUGUCCACGUCGUGGUGGGAACACCAGGUCGUGUGUUCGACAUGCUCAGAAGACAGUCUCUUCGCGCUGACUCCAUCAAGAUGUUUGUUCUUGACGAAGCCGAUGAGAUGCUCUCACGCGGGUUCAAGGACCAGAUCUACGACAUCUUCCAGCUCCUCCCGCCGAAGAUCCAAGUCGGUGUGUUCUCGGCCACAAUGCCACCGGAGGCUCUCGAGAUCACGAGGAAGUUUAUGAGCAAACCGGUGAGGAUCUUGGUGAAGCGCGACGAGCUGACUCUCGAAGGUAUCAAGCAGUUUUACGUGAACGUGGAGAAGGAAGAUUGGAAGCUGGAGACUCUUUGCGACCUCUACGAGACGUUAGCCAUCACUCAGAGCGUCAUCUUCGUCAACACUCGUCGCAAGGUGGACUGGCUCACGGAUAAAAUGAGGAGCCGUGACCAUACGGUGUCGGCUACUCACGGAGACAUGGACCAGAACACUAGAGACAUUAUCAUGAGAGAGUUCAGGUCUGGUUCUUCGCGUGUGCUGAUCACGACUGAUCUCUUGGCUCGUGGGAUUGAUGUGCAGCAAGUGUCUCUGGUUAUUAACUUUGAUCUGCCGACUCAGCCUGAGAACUACCUUCACCGUAUUGGUAGGAGUGGGAGGUUUGGGAGGAAAGGUGUGGCGAUUAACUUUGUGACGAAGGAUGAUGAGAGGAUGCUUUUUGAUAUUCAGAAGUUUUACAAUGUGGUUGUUGAGGAGCUUCCAUCGAACGUAGCUGAUCUUCUUUGAAGAAGAGGAAGAAAAAGGUUACUUGGUUUGCAAGUUUCUUAUUUGACUUUUGACCCAUCUCUCUCUCUCUUUCUGAAUCAUCUCGAGACCAGUUUUUUAUUUAUUUCUAGUAUUCAACCAACUCUUUCGAACAUAUGUUGUUUCUUCUGACCAUUUUUCUUUUUUAAUCUCAUGCAAUGUUUACCUAA